CACUUGCACGAGGAGAGAGGAAUUUGAGGGUUUCCACCAUGGCUAGGCUCUCGGCUUGCUCGGCGGAGGAGGCGAGGACGUCCCUGGCAAAGCCGUCGAUCAAGAUCCCAGCUGAGUUGCGGCAUACACAGGCUAUUGAACCUUCAAAGGAACCAGGUUGCAACUGUGGGUCAGGGAGGAGCCUUCUAAAGACGAGGCUAUUCCUUGCUUUCCAAAUUUCCCAGAGGACAACAGAGACUAACUCAAAUUCGGGGGAGUUGUUGCUGCUGGGUAUGUAUUUUAUCAGCCAUUCAUCAAUGCGGGAAGUUUGGUAUUUUGAGAUCUGGAUGUUGAGUGCAGGACCAUCCCAGACUUCCCUCGUCCACUUGCAUAGUAGGAAUAGAUGUUCUGUGGUUUCUGCAUGAACUCGGCAGAAU